CAUUUUCAUACAUUUGGACAAUAUUUGCAAUAUUGAGAGAUUGUUUAUUUUUUAAAUGUUUAAGUGGUAAUGUUUGACAUUGUGAUUUUCUUGGCAUUGUGAUUUUUUUUUUACAUUUUGAUAUUUUUAUGACAUUGUAAUAUUCUUUAUGGUAAAAGAAUCUGUAUGGUAAAGGAAGAUAGAAAAAUUUAGAAAAACAAUAAGAGAAAGGAAAACCAAAUAAGAGAGAAACAAAAGGAAGUUGAAACAACAAAAAACAAGAAGGGAAAUUGAGAAAAGAAGAAGAAAGCAAAAAGGGGGAAAUCACAAAUAGAUCUGGGCAACAAAAAGAGGAAAGCUCAAUAAUUGACUUUGCUGAGCUCAGCAGUGGAGCUUGAGACGAUGUCACCUUCCUUCUCCACAGUUCACCCAGGCACAAGUAGAAAAACAAAUUGGUUCUCUACAAAUCGGAAAAUCCUAAUUGCUCCAGCUAGAAUCAACCGAGUAAGCUUUCAACCCCAUUUCUGUUCAACAACACUUGAAGAGAAGCAGCAACAAGAAAUAAGAGAAAGAAGAGGACGAUCCGGAGACGACGAGCGGCAUACUCCGGAGAUUACUAGCGGCAAACCGGCAGUUAACACAAAACAUUCGAGUGUCCAGGUGAAGGUCAACGGAGUUGAGGACGACUUCGGCUAGGGAAUUGUGAAUCCCGAUGGAUACGAUGGAGGACGCGAGGCGGAAACAACGGAUGUGGUGGCGCAUGAAUUUGCUUUGCUUGGUGUUGAUCCAUUUCGUUCCCAUAUGUGCAAAUAACGGCGGCUCCAUCAGAUUGCAGCAAUUAGUGGGCUGGAGAGAUUUUAAGGGGCAAGGUUAUUUUGGUCUGUGCGGUUGAUAAUUAGUCUUAUUUAAGGUUUAAAAAAGAUCGAGUCUUAUUUACUUACCCGUCUCAUAUUUUAGUCCUAUUCAAGUCUUUCUCCCAUAACCUUUAUUGACUUUGAGUAAAAAUAUAGCCACUACAACUAAUACGGAGUAUAUUUACACCGGAUAGAUGAAGAUGCUGGAUAAGUCCGGAUUUUUUCUACAAUCGGCAGAGCAAUCCAACCCAACCCAACCCAUAAGACCUCACGACGGGGAAGAACUUCAGCUGCGUUUCAACCGCUAGAAGUGCCGCAUCCACUGCGACAUCAAUGGAGGGCUGCAACCCAAGUCAACCUUUGUCCCAGAAAGACGUUGGAGACAAAGGAGGAGGCCGGUGAGGUGAGUGGAGGACUGGAGGCCUCCGUCUCUAAGCUCUCGCGCGCUUCAAGAAGAAGAAGAUGGAUAGGAUUUCUUCAUGUUUGGGGCUUCUGGGCGCUCUGGCGACAUCAAGGGAAACCGGCGUUGGCACCGAUGCUUCGUCAGUCACCACAAUCGGAGACCAGGAGCAGCCAUCAUCCAUCUCCUUUGGGUCGUUCUUCUUUCAACUCUCAGACAACCAUGGGGAAUCAAAUCAACCUAAGACAGAGCUCAACGAAAACAACGCCAACUCAGCGGUUACCCCUGCUCACCUGCGAUGGAUUUUCAGAUCGGCUGACCAGAGAGGAAGGCCAGACUCCGUGGCAGAUUGCGACCAAAUAAGGCCUAACCAUCAUGCGACAAUGAGGGCUCAACAUCGGCUAUCAACAGCAGCGAUCCAAACGCCACGAAUUCAGAUGCUACAUUUGAAAGGUCGGGCACCUCUUUGGGAAAGUUCAAAUGAGAUCAAAAUACACAACGAUGUCAAGGUGCUGGGUAAUUCGACGGAAGACUGUGGAGCUACAAUUUUUUUAUAAUAAAUACUCUGUAUUACAAAAGAAAUCCUCCUAAUGUAAGGAUCAAUAUCAUUUUCACACUCAUGUUUAUAGUUUGAUAGCUUUGUUUUGAAAUAAUGUCUAUGAAAAGCUUAUUUAAUGUUAUUAAUUGUUUAA